AUGUAUCACAUGGUUUGGUUAUGCCCGCCUGCCUUCCCCGCCACCCCAUCCUCGUUCCUCGUCACCUUUGCUCUCGACACGACGGAUACACAAGAUGCUCCCAGUGUCCUGAGAUCCAAACGCUUUGCCCGCUCGAGAAUGCAAAAAAUCACUACCCAAGAAAAACCCACCCCGCCUCGUGGACGCCAAGGGCGACGUGCGUCCAGAAGUGUCGGACAGAAGGUGUAUGCAUCUGAGAAUGAUGCGACCGGUCCAACCGCAACGACUGUUUCCCAAGCUUCUCAGCUCUUAACCCCCAAGACGCCUUUUUCUGAAGCUCUCGAUCUCUCCUCGACUACCGAGAGCUCAACCACGUCAAAGUCUCGACCACGCAAUAAGAAUCAUCCUAAGAACACUGUUGCGUCUCCCGAUAUCCCUCAGACCUCACGCCGCACUCCACCUCAUUCUGCAUCCGCGACAAAAUCUAGCUCAGCUAGCGCUUUCGCCGGUGCCACAUUCCAUGCUUCGCCCGCACCCUCAGCCUUGCCCCUCCCAAGUUUCCUCAAAACUCAUACGGGGUCUCCAAGGCCGCAAGACGGCGGGCAGCAGCAGCCUUCGCCACCUACCACUGAGGCCGAUGCGCCAACGCCAACACCAUCCCGAUUGUCAGUGGGUCUUAGUCGUCACGAGUCUCCUCUCGAAGCCAUCUUCAGAGCAGAUAGGGCGGAGAAGGAAAGGGCGCGCCGAGCAAGUUUUAGCACCCUGCUGGCUGACCAAGGGCCUGCAUCCCCUCCUAACUCAUUUCCUCGUGAUCUCCCAUCGAUUGCCGGCUACAGAAGCGACCCUAGGGCGCGUCCGCAACCCUACCGGUCCACAUCGGGGAUUCCUCUUUCCGAGUUGGAUGGCACCCCUGAUCGUCGCGUCGGCCCGGCCUUUGCCACGCCUUACCAAGAGCGCAUUCGAUUAGCUCGUGCUGCUGCGCAGCCCUCUCCAGAACGCUCCCUGUGUCCACCCAGGGAGGAAGACCCUUCUGACGCACUGAAAAGGUAUCUGUUUGGGUCCAAGCCGGGCAGUACUAAUGCUCCAAGACCCAAACAGGACAGUACCGAUACUCCUAGCCCCCUUCCUGAAGCGAGGCCUUCGAACAAGCCGGUCGUCGGUUCUUCCGUAUCGGCGGAACGGCCUCCCGGCCUGUUGGCAAUGGAGGACGACCUGCGACGCAUACUCAAGCUCACCUAA